GAGAAAUACUGUAUCAUUUCUACCCAUGAUUUUAUUCUCUAGCUUACUUUAUUGCCAUAAUUCAUUGCUCUGAUUUUGAAAAUUUCCUUCAACUCUUGGCCAUCUCAUUUAUUUCUACCACCAAUUUGAACCCCUCUCCCUCCUCUCUCUCUCUCUCUCUCUCUAGAAAUUGACUUGCAGGUUUCUUUUCAGCAAAAAUUAUCUUGCUAAAAGAUCUCCAUCAUUCAAAACACAUGGCCUACGCAUUUUUAUCUCAGAGACCAACUUGAGAAUUAGAUACUCAAGCCUAAAGAUCCAAUUUUUGGUACUUUUCUCUUCUCUCUUCCAGUAGAAAAGAUGGACUGGAUUUUCGCAGGAAUGAAAGAACAGAACUUUCACCCUCCACCACCACCGCCACCACCAUACCUCCUCCCUCCGCAAUCAGCCAACCUUCAAUCCGGCGGUUUCAAUCUGGACGGCAAGGUAAGCCCAAGCAUACUCCUAAUCAUCAUAAUUCUUGCAAUCAUUUUCUUCCUUUCCGGGCUGCUCCACCUCCUUGUUAGGUUCCUUUUUAGGCCUCAAAACAGAAACCCAGAUGACUUGGAAAGCGUGACUGCUUUUCAAGGCCAGUUACAACAACUUUUCCACCUCCAUGAUUCUGGUGUGGACCAGUCCUUCAUAGACACCCUCCCUGUUUUCAACUACAAAUCCAUCAUAGGAGUAAAAGACCCUUUCGAUUGUGCUGUUUGUUUAUGUGAAUUUGAGCCAGAAGAUAAGCUCAGGUUGUUGCCCAAAUGCAGCCAUGCCUUUCACAUGGAGUGCAUAGACACAUGGCUCCUUUCCCACUCCACUUGCCCUCUAUGUAGAGCUAGUUUGCUCACCGAUUUCUCACCCAACCAUAGCUUUUCGCCCCUAGUCCUUGUUCUUGAAUCUGGAGGUGAGAGUGCGCGAGAGAUCGGCUCAGAAAGAGAUUGUGCUUUUGGAAGUGCUAAUUCAGUUGCAAGAGCAAAUUCCAAUCUGGGUUUUCUAUUUAGGGAUGAAUUUGGAUCAUCCCACAUCGAUUUUUCAUCCAAAUCUGGCGAAAUCAGGCCGAAAUUUGAAGUUAAUCAAGAGCCAGUUGUGGGUUCAGAAGAGAAAGUUGUGCAUGUGAAGCUUGGGAAGUUUAGGAAUGUGGGUGGUGGAGAUGAAGGGAAAGGUGAAGGUGAAAGUAGUAGUAGUAACAACAAUGUGGAUGAAAGGAGGUGUUUUUCUAUGGGAUCAUUUGCAUACGUAAUGGAUGAGAAAUCAUUAUUGCAAGUGCCCAUUAGGACACCAAUGAAGAAGCAAUCAAGCAACAAGAAGUCUACUCUGCCAUUGAUUCCUGGUCAUAGGCCAGCAAUGUCUGAAUGUGGUGGUGAUUCAAGAAGAGAGUUCAUUGGUUUUGAACCGUUUAAAAGUGGUGAAAUUCAAAGGAUAGGGAAUAGUGGCUUUAUUAGCCACGGGAAUGGAAAUGAUGUUGGGAGGAGCAAGAGAGAGGAGAGUGUUUCAAUAUCAAAGACUUGGCUUAGGGGAAAGAAGGAGAAGCCUAAUCCUCCAGCAGCAGUGGCAGAGUCGUCGUCGAGACGGGCUUUUUCGUUCCGGUUUCCGAUGAACCGGGGGGGUCUUGUCACCGGCGAUGAGUUGAAGGCCAAGUGUGGUGGUGGUGGUGAGGGUAGUAAUAGGAGGACUAUCUCUGAAAUUGACAUGGGGAGGUGGGUAAAUGGGGGAGGGAGUGAAUUGGGCUGUGAUGAGGAAAAUCAGAGUCGAAAUAUCUCUUUGGAUUCUCAACCAAAAACACCAUCUUUUGCUAGUAGGACUCUGCUUUGGCUUGUGGGAAAACAAAACAAGGUGGUUCACUCUUCUUUAUCGCCCAAUGUCUAGUAAAAAUUACCACUUCGUUUGUUUAUUUUUCCUUCCCUUUUGUUUUUGUUUUUUUUUCCCUUAGGUUUUAGAUACUUUUUGCUCUUUGGUUUGUUGGUUCUGGGAGACAAAUUUGGGAUAUGGAUAAUUGGAAGAGGAAGAAAAAAGCAGGAACAAAAUUGAAAUCAUGAAAUAGAUCUCAAUUCCAAGUGUAUGCAUUUUAGAUUUGUGGUUUGUUUUUCCAGGUAUGCACAUAUCAUUCAUUUGGUUUCC